AUGGACAUCACCGGCAACGACAUACAAAGCCUUCGCUCGACAUUUGUAUUGGAAGCCACAGGAGCACCAUUCCGUCGGCUGGAAUCCGAGAAGCUUGCGGAGGAAGAUGUUUAUCUGAACGAUUUGGCGGAAAUAUUCGACGCGAUUGAAUUGUCAAGCCAGCCUGACCUUACCUUCUCAUUACCACCUAGGCCUCUUUCAGAGCUAGACACGAUCAUCACGCCUCCGCGUUCGCCGAUCGCCGCACAGAGGUCGCGGAUCCAGCUCGAACAAGUCUUUGUGCUCCUGAACCUGAUUAUGUCCACAGUCCUUGGGGCCAUAGUCGUCAGCCCUCGGUCAUCGAAGCAUGUAGCGAUAACACCGCAACGCCGGAUGGAGAGCUGCUCUUCUAGCGAUACUGAUACACUGACCUCAGUUUCGAACUCCCACCAAACCUGUUCUCCGCCAAGUUCACCACAUCUGCCAAAUUGCCCUCAGACCUACAACAUCUCGCCUCACACCGUUAUCCCCUUUAAGCGGACGCCUCUCCCCGUGGACCAUCUACUUCUCAUCGGCCCCAGCAGAAGUGCGCUGGUGGCGUUUCAAGAAAACGGCCAUCGCAUGGGUAUCGGAUGCGCUUGUGUCGGCCUGGUCAAAUCAUGGCGCCAUCCUGCAGAUCUACCGGCUCAUCUGCAGCCGACGCCGCUUCAACUGACGACGCCGCAUUCGAUAUGGAUUGAUAGAAUGCCGUUUCCACGAAUGCGAGAUAACAUUAUUCUGUUAGCUCACAUGAUUGAUCUAGAAGAUUUCUAUCUCGAUCUCCUCACGACGGAGUCCUUUGAAUUCAGGAAGGGGAUGCCUCCUCAUGACCCUGCUGCCUAUCGGAUUGAUCCUUCGUUCAGAGCGAAGUGGGGAUAUCUGUUCCAUUGA